AUGAAAGCUUGGAAUGUUGGUUGGUUCUACUGUCAGCAGCAGCAGCAGCAGCAGCAACAGAGCAGAUCCUUUCAGAGGGAGGCAGCUGCAGAAACUGCACCCCAAUCUGUGAUUUCUCUUGAACCUCCCUGGACCACUUUCUUUCAAGGAGAGACGGUGAUUUUGACUUGCUAUAGAUAUGACUUCAACUUACCCCAGAAAACAAAAUGGUAUUAUGGUAAUAGAGAAGCAUCAGGGAGAAUCCAAAAACACACCGUAACGGUCCGUGUGUCCGGAGUGUACCAAUGCCAAGCCGACGACUUACUUCUAAGCAUCCGUGUGCACUUAAACUUUCAUACAGGUUCACUGGUGCUGCAAGCUCCACCCGCAAUAUUUGAAGGAGACUCUGUGGUUCUGAGGUGCCGCACAAAGAAAACUGUAGCACAAAACACCCUGAUAUUUUACAAGAAUGAUGUCGCUCUGAAAACACAUGGUCAAGGUUCCGAGCUCCAUAUUCAUCAUGAAAAUCUGAGGAACAACGAUGAGUACUACUGCACUAAGAAGUCUGUGUUCCCCAGUUCUUCCAAUAAGGUCAAAAUCCAAGUCCAAGAGUUGUUCCCACGUCCUCUGCUGACAGCCAGACCCUCUCAACCCAUAGAUGGAAGCCCGGUGACCCUGACCUGUCAUAUUCAGCUCCCUGCACAGAGGUCACAUGACCAGAUCCAGUUCUGUUUCUUCAGAAACUUCCAGGCUCUGGGGUCAGGCUGCAGCAACUCCUCGGAGUUCCACAUUCCUGCCAUAUGGACUGAAGAUUUUCCGUGGUACCUGUGCCAGGCAAAAACAAUGAAUGCCCAAGUAAUCAAACAAAGCCUGCCACUGAAAAUUCCUGUGCACAGGGUUUUUGCAGACUUCCAAACACACAUUGUCCCAGGCUCAAAGUUGGUGCCAGAAGGACAGCUGCUGUUAUUCAACUGCUCAGUAAAAGGGGUCCCAGGGCCCAUCAAAUUUUCCUGGUACAAAAGGGACACAAUGAAUAAAGAAACAAAGAUCCCUAAGUCCUUGGGAGCAGAAUUCAAGAUCUCCACGGUGAACAGCAGUGACUCAGGGGAUUAUUUCUGUGAAGCCAACAACAGUCGCCGGAGCUUUGUCAGCCAGGCAGUCCCCAUCACCAUAAAAGUCCCAGUAUCUCAACCUGUCCUCACCCUAAGCACUGGCAAGACGCGGGCCCUUGAGGGAGACUUGAUGACACUUCACUGUAAAUCCCUGAGGGGUUCUCCACAUAUCCAGUAUGAGUUCUAUUAUGAAGAUGUCUUCCUGGAUAUCAACUCUAUGAUCUCUGGAGGAGGAGCAUCCUUCAAUUUCUCUAUGACCACAGAGCGUUCUGGAAACUAUUACUGCACCGCUGACAAUGGCCUGGGAGCCCAGCGCAGUGAGGCUGUAAGGAUCUCUGUCAUUGACAUGAUCAAGAACAGAAGUGUUCCUGUGGUCGCUGGAAUCACUGGGGGACUGUUCGUUGUGGCGGCUGCUGGAGUACUGUUUUAUUGCUGGUUCUCUAGAAAAGCCGGGGGUAGGCCUACCUCUGAUGACUCCAGGAACCCUUCAUAUUCAGAACCCCAGGAGCCCACCUAUUACAACAUACCAGCCUGUAUAGAACUGCAACCAGUAUACAACAAUGACCCUAAAGAAGAAGUGAUUUACACACAAGUGUGGAGCACCCAACGGAGAUGCAAACAAGCAGUUCAGAAGUUUGAAAGCCCAAGACCAAGGUGCCAGAUGGCUGAAUGA